ACAGGCGCUGUGGUCGCUGCAAUCUCAGUGACCAUGGCCUUGCUCUCUGUCCUGCUCUACAAGUCCAAAAAGAUCAAACCGGCCUUACCAUGGAACAAAAAUCCCAGAAGUGGCCUCGUUGGAGCCAUUGGCAACACCCCUCUCAUUCGCAUCAACAGCCUCUCUGACGCCACUGGCUGUGAAAUUCUUGGGAAGUGCGAGUUUUUGAACCCUGGAGGGAGUGUCAAAGAUAGAGUUGCUGUCAAAAUUAUUGAGGAGGCUUUGAAAUCUGGAGACCUUGCUCCAGGUGGAGUAGUCACUGAGGGAAGUGCUGGAAGCACAGCUAUUAGCCUUGCUACAGUUGCUCCUGCUUAUGGUUGCAAAUGUCAUGUGGUUAUACCCGAUGAUGCUGCUAUUGAGAAGUCUCAGAUACUUGAAGCCCUAGGAGCCACUGUUGAGAGGGUAAGGCCAGUUUCAAUCACACACAGAGAUCACUUUGUCAACAUUGCUAGGCAACGGGCCUUAGAAGCAAAUGAGUUAGCCUCAAAGCAUAGAAAAGAUGAGCAAAAGAAUGGCAAAGCCCUUGAGAAAGUUAAUGGUUGUCAUUAUGAUGGAGAAAAACAAUUGUUUCCAAGGAAUUGUCCAGGUGGAUAUUUUGCUGAUCAAUUUGAAAACUUGGCAAACUUUAGGGCACACUAUGAGAGUACUGGGCCUGAGAUUUGGCAGCAGACUGGUGGACAUAUAGAUGCAUUUGUGGCGGCAGCAGGAACGGGUGGUACUGUGGCUGGCACUUCCAAAUUUCUACAGGAAAGGAAUCCAAACAUCAAAUGCUUCCUGAUAGACCCUCCUGGUUCUGGUUUAUUUAAUAAGAUUACGAGGGGGGUGAUGUACACCAAAGAGGAGGCUGAAGGACGAAGGCUAAAGAAUCCAUUUGACACGAUAACUGAAGGAAUUGGAAUCAAUAGACUAACAAAGAAUUUUCUGAUGGCAAAGCUUGAUGGGGCUUUCCGAGGCACAGACAAGGAAGCUGUUGAAAUGUCCAGGUUUCUGAUGAAGAACGAUGGGCUCUUCUUAGGGAGUUCUUCAGCUAUGAAUUGUGUUGGAGCAGUUCGAGUGGCACAGUCAAUUGGUCCUGGUCACACUAUUGUCACCAUGUUGUGUGAUAGUGGGAUGAGACAUCUAAGCAAAUUUUACAAUGCUGAGUAUCUGUCUAAAUUUGAUUUGACACCCUCUGCUUGCGGAUUAGAGUUCAUGGGUGUUGGAUAAGAUAUGCCAUCUGAUUCUUAUUUUUCUCUUUAUGUUUCCAUCCAAAGUUAGUGCAGUAGCCAAGUGAUUUGACAUGUGAACUCUUGAAUGUUGGUUAGAGAUAGUUGGGACAAGAUAUACAGGGACGGUACCCAGAAAUUUUCAGCAAGAGUUACCCUCUACAUUAUUUUUCAGAGGCAAAAUUUGCUUGCUGAUUAUCUUGGUUUUAUAUUCCAAUUCCAAUUCUUUGUAGUCUCUCACUCUUUUUUUCUUUUGGAAAGGCAAUAAUCAAAAAUAGGGAUUUCCCAAUUUCUU